AAACUCUGUUUAACUCACUGUUAGUUUUAAAUGAAAUGUAACAUGUGAGAUUUAUUUUGUUAAUAUAGAGACUGAAAUCCUCAGACAUGAUGACAGUUUUAUUAAUUGAAUUGUGUGUUCACCUUUUAACAAAUCUUCCGGUUGCUAAAUCAAAGGUUCAUUGUUUGUGAAUAUGUCUUCUCCCCUUCUUCCUUUCUUUCUUUUUAACUCCCCUCCAAACCUCUACCUUGGUUUUACUGUGAAAUAUACUGUGGAUUACUGUGUAAAUUCAAUUUUUAGAUCAUGUAUAUUUCAAGUGUUUAGUGAAAAGGCUUUGUGUUUUCCUUUAGUUGGAAUUGCUCAGCUUACUGGAAAUCUCAAAAAAUAGUCUUCUUGUGUUAAACAUAAACUUAAAGAAUGGCUAACCUUGGAUUUGUGAUCAUUUAAUUGUGUGUAUUGGUCCUGAUUAUCUAUUGCUAGUAAAUCCACUUCUCUUACAUACACCAAUUAGAUAAUUUGGAUCUCAAAGUGUCAGUGAAAACAAUCAUUCCAGGUUACAAAGAAACCUAAUAAUUGUCUUUCAAAGCUUGUUUCAACUAUGUCAACUGGUAAUAGUACUGGUAUAGGAGACUCUAAUAGUGAUGUCAAAGAAGACAAACUGGAAAAAUCUCCAUCUCUUGGUUCUAAUCAAUCAUUUGGUCGCCAAUCUGUUAUUGGUAAUUUAAACAAUUGGAUCAAUGAUCUCAGCUCAGGUGCUUUAUUCCAAGGGUUAAGUUUUCUUAAUUUUCGACGACGAGGAUCUCGUGGUUCUACCAGCUCAUCAUCAACGUUGUCACCUUUUUUUGCUCGAUCUGCAUCUUAUUCGGCUAACACCUCAGGAAGUGCACCAACUGAUAAUGUAAUUGACGGCAGAAAACAAGAAGUAAGACUAGGCUGGUCUUCUGAGGAAGAAGUGGAUGGUUUCAUGGGAAAAACUUCUGCUAAAUUUUUGAAUGGAACAUUGAUUCCUACUCUUAAAACCAAAGAAAUAAUCGAGCUAGAUAACUUUGGAGUUGUCGAGGUUGAAAAUCUAGAGUUAGGAGUAGGUCAUAAAUUUGAGCUUUAUGAACUAAAAGCUCCAACCUGGUGUGACAGCUGUUCACAAUUUAUUUGGACUCCUGUUGUGUAUGACUCUAAAAAUACAUCCAUACGGAUCGUUUCUCCCUUCUCAAAGACCAUCCAAUGUACUAAUUGUAAAUAUACUUGUCAUAUCAGAUGUCGAUCUCUAGUUAGAAUAGACUGCAAAGGUAAUGCUGAGUCUCCAGCCACAGAUAUUUCUCCUGUAUCUACUCCGGAUGAAACGAAAAGCAAUAUCUGUGAUGAUCCUAAAAUUGAAGAAACUGAACAAAGUAAUAAAGAAUCACCUACAAAAGAAAUGCAAGAAGAAACAGUUUGCCCCAUUAAAGACGAACCUGCAUCCGAGGAGCCUUGUAAACCUGAAACAGAAUCAAAUGACUCGGAAUCACUUGAAGAUCAAGCAAAACUUGUGCAAGAAUUAUCCCAAAAAAUAAUUGAAUACAAUGAGAGAUUGAAAAAACUUGGCUCUGGUUUAGGCCUAACAUUGCUAGAUGGGAAAUCAUUUCGUGGUUUUCUUCGUGUUCAUUUAAAUUUAACCAGACCUAUCAAUGUAGUUGCUGGAACUCGCCCUCCUUCCAUUUAUGAUAUAAUUAAUGAAGAAGAACAAGUAUGUCGACGAACGCUCACUUCAUUUUACAUGCCUCGGAAUACUGUGAAAAAUAUACACAUUACCAGUGAAUAUACUAGCUUGGACGUAAUAAAAGCGAUGUUAAAAAAGUUCAAAGUUGUCGAUAACCCACAGAAGUUUGCUCUCUACCGCCGAUAUCCUGAUGAAAGAGGUGAAUCCGUCUUGAAAAGAAUUGGUGAUAAUGAUUAUCCACUUCGAAUAGCCCUUGAUUGGUGUGAUUGGCAGGAAAGACAAGUUGUUCUGCAAGAAAACGACACUGCUGAUAUUGUUUGGGACGCUUUCCUUUUACCAGAACUAAAUAAUUUUCUAAUCAUGUUAGAUCGAGAAGAGCAAGAACAUCUCAGCCAAUUACGCCUAAAAUAUGAUUGCCUUCGAUCAGAAUUAAAUCGCUAUAUUCAGCUCCAAGAAAUUCAAGAACAAGGAAUUCUGGUUUAAAAGAUUUUGAUCAACUACACAACAAUUAACAAGCAGGUUUUGUGAAAACUUCCAAUUCGUCGAAAGGAAAAUUGUUCAUCGAUUUUGACUUAUAAUUCAACUAUUCAUAUCAAAAAUCAACUUUAAUUUCAUUUACAUCUCAUUUACAAUUGUAUAUUUACAAUAUCUAGCUAUUUAGGUAUUCAAAGGAAAACUUAGAUAAUUUUAUAAACAUAGCUAAAUUUACAUUUGGAUAAAUUAAGUCAGGGACUCGACCUGACACAGCUCAGCCUAUUUGUUUUAAUAUGAAACAAUAUUUAAUAAAUACAUUUAAAAAAAUUCAA